CGAUUGCAUACUAGAUUCUGUAAUUGACUUUAAAUGCCUUACAUGACCAAGUGAGGGUACCCACGCGUCGAAUGCAUAAAACUUGGUAGGCAUUUUAAGAAGAAAGCGAUAAACAAAUCCUCCCACUCAUGAAGUCUCUCCGGUGCAUGUGAGCAUGAUGAAUUCUCUACACCAGACAUCUUCAACGUUUAUCAGAAGUUUUGUCCCUGAGUCAUGGCGGACAGGAGAGCGGAGAAGUCAUGUGAAGAAGCAAGCAGAUCGUUAGCAAGGCGGGAGUACGAGGCGGCAGUCAGCCACAGCACGGACGCCCUGGUGGUCCUUGCACCCCAAGCACCACCUUCGGGUGCCCCUGUCCCACAGAGCCCUACAUCGCUAGUGGCUGCCACCGGACCCCUGCGCAGCCGGGCCCUGCUCUUCCGAAUUGCUGCCUUCUUGCAGCUGAAAAAUUAUGAUGAAGCAGAUGAAGACUGCAAACAUGUUCUGGCAGAAGAGGUGGCCAGAGGAGACGGUUCGCUACAGGCCAGCUUGCGCUCCAUGCUGUUGGAUGGCAGCCUGCAGGAGGUGGCCAGCAUCCUCUCCAAAGCCUUGUAUGGAGAGCCAAUGAAUGGCAUUGUUGCAAAAGACCUUUCCAGAUUAAAAAUGCUCUUCUCAGAAGUAGAGUCUAUAAACGGGGAGAUGGCACCAGAAUACACAGGGGACCAGGAGGAAGAGGUCCAAGAAGGCUGGCAAUUCCGACCUCCUCCCCGAGGAGUCACCAGCAGUGAGGAGUACACCCUCUGUAAAAGGUACUUGGAGCAGGGUCUGUGUCGGUACGGGGCCCAGUGUACGUCAGCCCACUCUCAGGAGGAGCUGAUGGAGUGGCAGAAGCGUUAUGCGUCACGCCUCAUCCGCCUCAAACAGCAUCAGGAGAGCAAACACUUCACAGAGAACUACAUGGAGAACCUGAUAGAGAAGUGGAUGAAUUCCCUCAGCCCAGAGAAAGUGCUAAGUGACUAUUUAGACGGAGUGGCUGUAGAAACCAGCUCCAGCCUCUCUGUUACUGUUGCCGCCAAAAAAUCUGCCCACUCCUGGACCUUCUCGUUCUUGUGCAAGCCGGCUAGAAAGCUGUUCCGCAUCGCCCUGCUCUACGAUGCCCACCGGCCGCACUUCUUCAUCACAGGGGUCUCAUCUGAGGAGCGGCUGCAGACCCUCCCCAAAGGCUGCCAAGAGUGGACCCCAGGAGAGGAAACAGCAGUGGCGCCAGACAAUGGCCUGGACCAUUGUAUCUACAAGAUAACGGUGGGCUUCAGCACAGAAAUCUUCGGUACCUUCCGACAGACCGCUGUUUUUGACUUCGGCUCAGAACCUGUGCUGAUGAAGCGAAUCAUGGUGGAUGCUGCCUCGAUUGAAGACCUGGAACAUCUGCAGGCAGCCAGGCAGCAGCUCUUGACCACUACGAAGCGCUGGGACCCCUCCUGUAAGACCAUCGUAGAAUUUGUUCCUAAUGAGACGAUGGCAGACCUGGAGCGCAGCCUCCUCUCCAGAUAUCAGAUCCCUCUGUCGGCCGACCAGCUCUUCACCCAGUCAGUCCUGGACAAGACUCUGACCAAAGAAAACUACCAGGCCCGGCUGCAUGACCUGCUCUACAUUGAAGAGAUUGCACAGUAUAAGGAAGUUAGCAAGUUUAACAUCAAGGUGAAUCUCCAGCUAGUCACCAGCUUCAUGCUGACGGGCAUCUCUGUUGGAGCCAAGUAUGCCCAGAAUGGACAGCUCUUUGCACGCUUCAAACUCACUGAAACACUCUCUGAGGACACAUUGGCUGGACGGCUAGUGAUGACCAAGGUGAAUUCAGUCCUCGUGCUGCCGUUAGCCCGUGAUGGGUACAGCAACCAUCCGCCCCCCGGGGUGAAAGAGCGUGUUUACGAGGCUGUGAUUGAGGAGAAGACCAAGGACUACAUCUUCCUGAGGAUCUGCAAGAACUGUGUGGAAGAGCUUGGGCUACUGCCGGACAGAGAAUUACAGGUGGAGCUCCAGUUCCAGCUGAACAGACUGCCGCUCUGUGAGAUGCAAUAUGCCCUGGAUCGCAUCAAAGAUAACGGCAUCCUCUUCCCUGACAUCGCCCUUAACCCCACCAUCCCCUGGAGCCCCAACAGGCAGUGGGACGAGCAGCUGGACCCCCGUCUGAAUGCCAAGCAGAAAGAGGCCAUCCUGGCCAUCACCACACCGUGCUCCAUUCAACUGCCCCCCAUCCUCAUCAUCGGGCCCUACGGCACCGGCAAGACCUUCACCCUGGCCCAGGCUGUCAAGCACAUCCUCCGCCAGGACGAUAGCAGGGUCCUGAUCUGCACCCACUCCAACAGUGCGGCCGACCUUUACAUCAAGGACUACCUUCAUCCUUACGUCGAUGCAGGCAAUCCGCAUGCCAGACCUCUCAGGGUAUACUUCAGGAACCGCUGGGUGAAGACGGUGAACCCAUUGGUCCAGCAGUACUGUCUCAUCUCCAACACACACAUGACUUUCCAGAUGCCCACAAAGGAGGACAUCCUCAGGCACCGUGUGGUGGUGGUCACCCUCAGCACCUCCCAAUACCUCUGUCAGCUGGACCUGGAGCCUGGGUUUUUCUCUCAUAUCCUGUUGGAUGAAGCAGCCCAGGCCAUGGAGUGUGAAACCAUCAUGCCUUUUGCUCUCGCUACCAGGACCACGCGCAUUGUGUUGGCUGGAGACCAUAUGCAGCUCAGUCCAUUUGUGUACAGUGAGUUUGCGCGGGAGCGUAACCUGCACGUGUCACUGCUGGACCGUCUGUAUGAGCACUACCCCGCUGAAUACCCUUGUCGCAUUCUCCUGUGCGAGAACUACCGCUCUCAUGAAGCUAUCAUCAACUACACGUCAGAAUUAUUUUACGAUGGGAAGUUGAUGGCAAGCGGGAAGCAGCCCUCCCACAAGGACUUCUACCCUCUGACCUUCUUCACAGCCCGAGGAGAAGAUGUCCAGGAGAAGAACAGCACUGCCUACUACAACAACGCAGAGGUGUUUGAGAUCGUGGAGCGAGUGGAAGAGUUGCGUAAGAAGUGGCCGGUGGCGUGGGGUAAGCUGGACGACGGCAGCAUUGGAGUGGUGUCACCGUACGCUGACCAGGUGUUCCGCAUUCGUGCCGAGCUCCGAAAGAAGAGAAUGCAUGAAGUCAGCGUGGAGAGAGUGCUCAACGUCCAAGGUAAGCAGUUCCGGGUGCUGUUCCUCAGCACGGUGCGGACGCGGCACACGUGCAAACACAAGCAGACGGCCAUCAAGCGCAAAGAGCAGCUGGUUGAGGACUCGACAGAGGACCUGGACUAUGGGUUCCUCUCCAACUACAAGCUACUCAACACGGCCAUCACCAGAGCCCAGUCCCUGGUUGCAGUGGUGGGAGACCCCAUAGCACUGUGUUCUGUUGGACGCUGCAGAAAAUUCUGGGAGCAUUUCAUCUCCAUCUGCCAUGAAAACUCGAGUCUGCACGGUAUCACCUUCGAGCAGAUCAAGUCUCAGCUGGAGGCCCUGGAGCUAAAGAAGACCUACGUCCUCAACCCACUGGCCCCAGAGUUCAUCCCCCGCGCCCUCAGGCCACUGCUCGGGCACCACGCGUCUUCGCUGUCCCUCCACCCCCUCCACCACCCACAUCCUCAGCAUGUACAGCCCUCCUCCAGCAAGCAGGGUCCGCAGCAGCUACAGCAGCAGCAGUCCCCCCCUAAGGGAAAACAUGCCAACCACACAGAGCAUCUACCACCUGAAGGAUAUGUGCAACCCAACCCAGCCGUGUUGAUGGGUAACCCAAUUCGGGCAUUCAGCCCACCCUUGGGAGGCACACCAGCUGGCAUGGGCAAGUCACCCAGUCCUGUUCAGAGGAUAGAUCCCCACACCGGCGCCAGUAUCCUCUACGUCCCAGCUGUGUACGGUGGAAACAUGGUCAUGUCCAUGCCCCUGCCUUUGCCUUGGCCAGGUUACCAGAAUCGCUUUGCUGUGGAUCCUCGCAUCAUGAGCCACCCGGCGGCCAUGGCCUACAACUUCAAUCUGUUGCAGGCCCAGAAUCGAGGGUCCCCCAUCCCCUACAGUGGGGUCGGGCACCCCUCUCCUCUCGGGAUGGGCCAGCCCAGCCCCGACAAGGAGCUCCAGGCUGACCCCAUCAGAAAUGGUAAAUUAGAAGGAUGUCCAAAGCCAGAACAGAGCCGUCUUCAUACACCAGAGAGGAAAACCGCAGACAUGAAGGAAAAACAGGGUGAUUUAGACACAAGCCAGAGUCGAAGUCUAGACUCCCAGACUGACGGGAUUGGUGGAUUUCCCAAUGCGAUGCUGCAUCGAAAGGAUCCCUCAGCUGCCCAAAGACCCCUGAACUACCACCUGGCCCCACCCAACCCAGCUUUCCCCCCACAUCCUGCCAGUGGGAGGGCCUUCCCCCCUCAGUAUCCGGUCUCCAGACUUCCCUAUCGGGUCGGCCAGCCCCCUCACCCCGGGAUGCCCCCCCAGAGUCAGCAGCAGCAGCAACUCAGCCCUGCCUACGCUGGUGGCAGCCACAACGCUUCCUUCUUCAGUGGCACCAUUCCCCCCCACAGGGCCGUCCAGUCUCCCACUAUGGAUGGGUCGGAGUCCGUAGGGGUGGAGGAGAUGAGUAGCUCCAUUAGGACUCCGAUGGGCCACGCGGGGGGCCACCACCCAGGCCUGUCGCAGCAUAACAGGGUCAACAGCUUUGGGGAGGACGGACAGGAUGGAAGCAUGGGAGAGAGUUUGGACCUCCAGGGGCCCAUGGCUCUCGAGGCCCUGAGCCAGCAACAGCAACAGCAGGCAGCCAGGCUGGGCCAGUGGAACGAGGCGGGCCCUUUCCUCCAGGGCGGCGUCGCCUUCCCUCUCCCUCAGCAGCUCGCCCACCUGGCUCAGCCCGGCAUGGCUCGAUUCCCCCAUCAGCUGCUCCGGGCUGCGAGCUGGGGCCUCGGUGCCAACAUGGAGGACGAGGCUGUAACCUCUGCCACCUCUGGGCCGCCUUUCAACAGGUACCCGGGUCUCUUGAGAGAGAUGCCCCCUCAGGAACAGCCUGAACCCAGGGAUCCAGCUGAGAUGCAGCCCCCACCUCAAUCCCGUCUCCUCCAGUACCGCCAGUCUCAGUCCCGUUCCUCAGGUGACCCUUCAUCCUCAUUGGCCGCCACCUCCAAUCAUGCUGGCCCUUACCCAUCAGGACCCUACUCCCAUGACCCAGGCCGCGACAUGCUCAAUGAAAACCUUCUGAACAACGCAGCUCUGCAGCAGCACCCGGCCAACCCCCUGUAUAACGCUGGUAACUACCCGCAUCAGCCCCCUGCCCACUCUGGCAGCCCCCCUUCCUCCCAGGUCAAAUACCUUCUGCAAGAGGCCCAGUGGCCCCACGGUGGAGCUGCGUCAGUGAGCCCACCACAGCAGAACCACCUGUUGGGGAACCAGGGUCACAGCCUUCCUUAUGCCAUGCCCAUCAUGGCUCAUCCAAGCAGGCAGCAGGAGCAAGUCCACCUGAUGCAACUUCACCAUCAGCACCAGCAGCAGCAGCAACAACAACAACAACAGCAACAGCAGCAGCAACACCACCAACAACAACAACAACAACAGCAACAGCAGCAGCAGCAGCAGCAACAACAACAACAGCAGCAGCAGCAGCAGCAACAACAACAGCAGCAGCAACAGCAGCAGCAGCAGCAACAACAGCAGCAGCAGCAGCAGCAGCAACAACAACAACAAGUACAACAACAACAACAGCAACAGCAGCAGCAGCAGCAGCAACAAAGUCAAGGUCCAGACCAGGAGUCCUACCACCCUCUGUCGCCCAGAACAUCAGCAGCCACAGCCCUUCACAAUGUAGAUGAGUAUGAACCCAGAGGUCCGGGCCGGCCCCUCUAUCAGCGCCGCAUCUCCUCCACCUACCCGGAUGACUCGUCUCCAGCCAACGCCCACGCCGCCCUGUCCCAGCAGCCCCAGCCCUGUCCGUCAGACCCCCAGGAACACCCUCAUCCACACAUACAGCACCAUCAGCACCCACACGCCCCCUACGGUUACCCCCCACAUGACGUCUGGCCGAGUAACGGCGGAGGCCCCGGUCCUGGUCCGUUCCAGAACAUUCCAUGUAACGGAGCCGCCACCCUCGCUCAGCACCGGGACUUAAUGGCUGCCAAAGCCCUUCGCCAGACGGAGGAGCAGGUGAAGGCCGAGGCCACAGCAGGACAGCAGACGCACCCCCACUCCCUCAACUCCCUUCAGCACCUCGGACAGUUUCCUCCUCUCAUGCCCAAUAACAAGCAGCCGCCGCAGCCACAGCAGCCACAGCAGCCACAGCAGCCGCAGCAGCAGCAGCAGCCGCCACCGCCGCAGCAGCAGCAGCCCCCCCCCCCCCCCCCCACCGCAGGCUCCCGCAGAGGCCAGCCAGGGGGCUCCAAAUUUAAGCAAACCACCCACCAUGUCCUACGCCAGUGCCCUCCGCGCUCCACCCAAACCCCGAGCUGUUCGCCCUGAACAGGCCAAAAAGAACAGCGACCCCCUCUCCCUCCUACAAGAGCUGAGUAUAGGAAGUUCAAAUGGUAGCAAUGGGUACUAUUCCUACUUUAAAUAAGUGUCACCCCUCCCACAUUAUAAGUAAGUAAUGAAAUAUAUAAAACAAAAACAAAAAAGGUAAAACUGUUUCUAAAAACACAAAAAAAAUAGUACAAAGUGCAUUUAUAAAUUGUUUCUAUCAGUAGGUUUUUUUUCUGCAUUUUGUUUCAUUUUAACUUUUUAUUUGUAACAGUCCUUUUUUCUCCUGUUUCACAUAUCUGUGAAGAAAAUAAGUAUAUAUAAUGAAUGCAUUACCGGUAUAUAUACAUACUCAUUAUGUAUAUAUGAAUAUAUACUUAUAUUAUCUACACUUGUAUAUGUACGUAAUGCUAAAAAAAGUUAUAAAAAAAAUAAAAUAUAAAAAGGUGAGAUUCGGUUGACCACUUAGCUACCUCCAUAUUUUUCCUUAUUGAAGUUGGUUUUGUUGGUUACUAGAAAAAGUAUGUUGAAGGUUUUAUCACUUUGUAUUCCUCAGUUUUGAGUGGACGUUGCGUCUUGAUUUUCAAACUACUGUAGUUGUGGUAACGGACAAAAGCUAAGUGGUCAACCGACACAGAAACUACAUGGAACAGUGUAUAGAAGUAGAUAAAUUUUCCUCUAAUCUGUAAAUAUAAAGAAAAUAAAAGACUGAAUUGUAUGCCACAGACAUGUCCUUAAAUUCCUGUAUCAUGCUAGCAUUUGCAUUAUGAAUUAUUUUUGUUUGUUGGCUUCUGAUCCUUAAUUCUUAGACAUCCUGGAAAUAGCUAGGAAUUAUCUUCAGUAAUUUAGUAGUAAAUGUGAUUGUUUUCAAAAAAAUGACAAUUUCAUAUUUUACUUUUCACCAAUGUCUCAUCAGCAACAAAAGAUACAGUGUAAAAAAAGUCUGAAAAACAACCACUCAAUUCCUCCUUUGUUUGUGUUAAGGAUCAGAGAACACCAGACACCACUUUCGAUGAUAGGAUUAUCCCAAACUGCUUUGCUUGUGGCCGAUUCUCAGUCAUUUUAUUUCUUUAGUUUGUGUCAUCAAAAAGCUACAACACGGAAAUGGUUUUAAUUACUGCUGACGAUAUGAAAUGUGUUUUGUCACUAAUUGACGUUGAGCUUCUUUCGAAAAGGUUGCAGUACUCUGAGGGUUUGUGAAAGUGAAGAGAGUGGUGGGGUCAAAGUGGUGUGUCAUGAUGGGUAAGUGGAAACUGAGGGUGUGAUCAACACUGCCAGUCAGACGCUUUUGAACACGCUAAAUGUGAGCUUUUUUGGUUAAAUCAGAAGUAUAUUGAGACUGUAGAGACAUAGAAAAUACCCCGACAUUUAAAAAUACACAUUAAUUAUCUUCAGUAAUUAAUUCAUUGUUUUCUCAGAACAAUACUGGAUCUUUGUCACAAUAACAAACAGCACUCGGAUCACUGCUGCUGUAAUAUGCUCAGUGUAGGUCUCGUAGAUGUUUUGUAGCCAUAUAUUUCCCAGUUUCUUGAAUCCCUUUCACAUUGUAAGAGAUUUCCCAAAGACCAAAGUCUCUAUUUUCUUUAAGACAAUCUUUAAAUCUCUUUGUCAUAUACAUAAUACACAUGCAUCUCAUCCAUUAGCCAAUAUGUGCUCCAAGUUCUACCAAAAACAUUGAUCAUUGUCAAUAAACAUCCUUACCAUAUUUGGGGAAUUGUAGAUCGUUCGAUGGAAAACGUUUUCCCAUCAUCCUUUCCAACAGUCUGCUUGAGAUUUAACCAAAAAGGUAACAAAGUAAAAGUCACUAUACUACAAGCUGUUCAAAGACUUGUGCCUGUUUUUAGGACUGUGCGUGAUGCGAAUGAAUCGGUAACGUCUUAUUCGUUGUUUCUUGGUUAUUCAGAUAAUUACAUUAUUCACCUUUUCAGUCCCAUUGAUAUAUUAAUAUUAGAACAGAUUGAAUAAUCUCAUUCACUUCAAAUCAAAAUGAAAUGGCUCUAGAUAUACUUUACAUUUGCGACGUUCAAAUUACCUUUUUAUCUCUCACCAAAAAACAUGAACAUGACACAUUAAUUUUACUCGGCCUCACAGCUUGCAUGCAAAGGGAUCUUACUGCGUUCAUAGAGUCCCAAAUCUAAAAAGAAAUUGAACUAUAUCUGCCAAGGUGUUUCUUUAAUAAUAAACGCAAUGCUGGAAGCAGUCAUCCAGUACUCAAUUCUGUUCUGUAUUUCAUUUGAAUUGUUAAAAUACCACUGCCCCAUUUGCAAAUCGAUAAAGUUGUACUAAAAGCAUCCUGCUGUUUGGUGGCUUUCAUACGGCAGCGAGUCACUGUUCUGUCUCUUAAAGCGUUCCUCAGUAAGCUACAGUAAGCUACAGCGAUUUACAUAGAUGUGUUUUUAACACUCAGCGGAGAGCUUCAUGUUCUUAUUCGUACGUUUUUAAGUUUUCACAUUGUCAUUCAAAGGCUCAGAUCUUUUGACUUGGCGGAAAACAACACAUACUUGUAAAUAUGCAUUUUGUAGGUAUUUACAAACAAACUUUGGGAGCGCCUCAAUUUUGUAGAAGCUGUUCAAAGAAGAGGUAUGCCCUUUUUAAUUAUGCAAAACAAAAAAGAAUAAUCCUAGGAAUAAUGAACGACAACAAUAACCCAGUGGAUAGUUGCAACAUCUUGUAACUUUUUAGAUUGUUUUGAUAAGAUGGUGUCUGGCUGAUUUGACAAAGAGGAGAGUUUCUGUUUUCAGACGACUUAUUUCACUGUACAAUACAUAUUGGAAAGUAUAUGUUGCUGGAUUUGUCCUGUAUUGUUUUCUCACAACUAUACAACAAUCAACAUGGAUUGAUUUAUUUUUGUUAAUGUGAAGACGUUUUUUUUCUUUUCAUGCAUGUUGAGAUGACCUGGCUGGUUUUAUCCCUGUUUUUAUCAGUUUGUAUUGAUUUGUGAAUGAAUUAAAAAGUUUAAAAAAAAAAAAAAAAAAAAAAAAGCUUAUAUGUUCAACCUUCAGAGUCAAAUUUUGGUAUAUUAUUUGAUGUGUACAAUAACUUGUGACAUUAUCAACAAAACUAUUAUAAUAUUUUACUAACAUGUCAAUCAAAUAUGUAAUGGUCAUUUAAGUCCUUUUUUUCUGCAGUUACUUAGCAGGGCUGAAGCUCAGGUUGCUCCCUGCUGUGUCAUAUUUACAAAACUUAGUUUGUUUGGCAAAUGGCUAAUCUCUGAAGUUGUGCAAUACUAAUAUUUCACCGCUUCUUCAUUUUUAUUUAUUUUGAAGCAGAAGAGAUUGAGCCAAAGACAUUUUUAACAGAUGUUAUUUACAACUUGUCAUCAAUGCUGAUUUGUUUUAAGACUUUGUUCCAAAAAUGAGUUUGCCAUGAUCUUUACUGUGAAACUAAAGGUCUUUAAGUUGGAUUUUAAAAUGUUUUCACCUUGCAAUAUUGAACCAUGUUUCAUUAUAUGAAUUAUUGUCUUUAAAAAAAAAUCAGUGUUGCCUUUUUAAAGAAAACAAACCAGUUUGUGUGGCACAUGGAGAGGGAGCAACCUUUUGCCCAGCCAGUAGAGAGCACUGUGUUAAGCCUUCUAUAAACGCCACAUCUCUUCCCGUUCUCUGUUGGCUCUCCUCUGUUCCUCCCUCCCUCCCUCGCUGCAGUGAAUCAAUGGCUCACCUGUUCUCCCAGCCUCCCAUUCCCAUUGGUUCCUCCCUCGUGGGUACAAAAAUAAUGAAUAGAUCUGUUUUACUCUUCUUCAUUUCAAUUGGUGGUGGUUAUAAUCAAGGAUUUAGACUGUGUUUCAAAGGUUUAUUUUCUUUUUUUAUUUGUUUCUCUAUUAAAGUGUUUUUAUUGAAACUUC